AUGUCUGUCGAUGGAAUUCCGCGGAUCACGUCGGAUGAAGUACCCUAUCUGCAUCCACAGAGCAAAUUGCACCGUGAAGAAAAUAUUGCUGCAGUUCUCAGCAAAUUGUCCCAGGAAAUCGAUCUCCAGUUGGACCACAUUUGUCCGGCCGAUGUUAUUUCUGGGGAUCGAAGGGCUGUAUCCAAUAUGCUUGAACUUUUAACAGCUUUCAUUCUACAUUGUGUUCACGAAGAUUUGUUGGACUUCGAUCGAACCGGAUUUUCCCUUCAAUCCUACCAUAGAACCUCAGCGGUUAAUUUCAGUGGUUCCGAUGCUAUCGAUUCUUUUCGUCACGCGCAUCUUUCCGUGUCUCCCGAGCUCCCUCGUGCUUCGCUGACUCGCCGAUGCUCAUAUCCGACUACACCGGCUCAAGACCCAGUGCAUCACAAAGAUGGGUUUUCGGAAUCGAGGAAACCUCUUCAGGUUCUGAUACACGACACUGAGUCCGUUGGUCGCAAUUCAGAUACUUAUGAUCAAGUUAUCCCAACAUCUAAAUAUUCACCAUCAACAAUGGAUCAUCCUGGAACUUCGGCUGGCAUGAGUAGUUCGGAAGAACAACGAGGACGUUCGUCUUUGGCCGCUCCUCGUCUCACACCGAUGCAGCGACUUCAUCCAUACUUCUCUCUUCCUAGUGGUGGUUCUCCUCCGGCAACACCAAAAGGAGCGGACGAAAUGGUGGAGAUAAUCAGGCAUCCAUCGCCAUCAACUGUUGCACCUAGUUUGCGUUGUUCUGUGGCCAACACCUCUGGACACUCAACGAUUGAUUCCGUUGAUGUUUGGGACGAUGAGUCGUCAGCAUUGCCCCGCAACACAGCGAAUAUGCCUCCGGUGAUCUCUCUCCCACACCAGUCUUCCGAGGUUGUUAUACAGUCUCCAGCAUCUAUCCUGUCGGGCAGUGACUCUGAUCCCGAAAGUGACUCUAGCAACCUAAAGGAAACAGCCGUUCUACGGAGUCGAUUGUGUCGGAAAACCAGCAGCUCCAGCAGUGGCCGAGGACACAGUCCAACUCAAACGUUAACUGCACCCGGUGCAUCUGUCACUUCUACUCCACCCAGUCUCUCAGAGUCCCCACCCCUCAUUCCAUCUUCGUCUGAUCCAUUCAGAACUGAAAAGCGUUCUAUGGCCCCACAGGACGCCGCUUGUCAAACAACAGAAGAUGCAUUUUCUGGAUCUCCUCAACCAUGUGUCAGUCAGAAGCAUUCAUCGAAACAUACCCGCGACACUCAUACAAAUGUUCGUGGAAGUCAAAGUUCCAUGGCGACCACGAACAGUAUAUUGGCCUGGUCCGCUGAUCACCAUUCUCGCUUGAAAUCAAAAUUAUUCCGGGAACACGAAAGUUCCACUGUGUCGGUACUGUCAUCUAGUCUUAUAUCAAAACCGUCGACGCGGGGUUGUGUUGGUCCAAGUCCUUCAGCAUCAGUGCUUUUCGCACGUACUGAAGGAUUCUCUCGUGCUCUCAAGCGACGAUUAGACUAUCUCAGAACUAUCUUCUGUCGUGCCCACGACGAGGCUGAGGCAGUUGGUCAACUUGUGCAACUAAUCGGUUCACAACAGACGGAGACGUUAGAGUUCAUGGAACGGUGCUUACAAAAAGGCAAGUGGAGUCAGGAACAGACAGACACGUGCCCGACUAUUCCUUCCUCGUUUAAACCAUUGGAACAGAUGAUUCAACAUAUUUUGGUUGGUAUUGAAAUCCUGUUGAAACGUCAGGGGUGCUCAACUGAACGGAAACCGGUGCAUCAUCAUAAUCACCGUUCGUCCACCCGUUUGCGGUUUCCAUCGCGUCGUCGAUCGACCGAAAAACCAAGCACAUCAGACGCCCGUUUCGCCGCUUCGAAAGUUUCGACGGAUAAAAGUCCUCAAAUUGUACGGUUCCAAGAGCUAAUGGAUAUGAAGCAUAAUCUAAUGAUGGACACUCUGUCUUGGCUACAAUCGGAGUUACAAUCUAGGGUUCAACCAGCCUCGAAGUCUGUUUGCAAUACAAAAUCUGCUGCCAAACAUCGACUACGAUCCCCCAGCGCAAUACGCGUAUAA